AUGAUGGAUCGAACGGGUCUCGAUGCGAUGGCAGACACUUCCGGCCUAUGCCUACAAGACCUGGUAGGCAACAACAACAACAAUAACAAUAAUAAUCCUACAGCAAAUGGUAGUAUAACAACAAGUCAAUCUAAUUCUAAUGAUCACCUGCACAACCAUCAUCACCAUCAUAUGGAUGGAACGUCUGUGAGUGUUUCAUCAGCAAUUUCAAAUAUAAUGUCACCAAGUGUCGGUUCAAUUGGAAGUGGAUUAACGUCAGGACUUAGUCAUUUGCAUCAUUCAACGCAUCCUGAUUUAUCCGGUCAUCAUCAUCAUCAUCAUAUUACAUCACCGCAUACACCAUCAGUUCUUCACGAACCGCUAGAGAAAUUAAAAUUAUGGGCUGAAACAGGAGAAUUUCGUGAAAGCAAUCACAACACAAUGGCAGCGGUAACAAACAUGGACCAUUCACAAAUGAAUUUUCAAACACCAACAUCGAGAAAUCGUCGAGAUAGGAAGAAUGACGCAUCAAGAUUGACUGAGACGACAGUAAAGCAGGAAAAUACGGAUGAUGCAAUCGCAUCGGAUGAUCCAAAAAACGAUAAGAAGAAUAAAAGACAACGUCGUCAAAGAACGCAUUUCACGUCGCAACAAUUACACGAAUUGGAGCAAACAUUUAGCCGUAAUCGAUAUCCUGAUAUGAGUACACGAGAGGAAAUAGCUAUGUGGACUAAUUUAACUGAAGCUCGUGUUAGGGUUUGGUUUAAAAAUCGACGCGCAAAAUGGCGUAAACGUGAGAGAAAUCAAAUGAAUGCAUUAGCAACAGCAGCUGAUUUUAAAAAUGGAUUUGGAACGCAAUUUGUGCAACCAUUCCCAGAUACUGAUGCUUUAUAUUCAUCAUAUUCACAUUACAAUAAUUGGGCAGCGAAAGUGCCAUCUCCAUUAGGUACAAAAACAUUUCCAUGGCCAGUGAAUCCAUUGAGCUCGGUAGUUUCAACAAAUCAUCAUCAAAAUUCAAUAAACUGCUUCAAUACGACAUCAUCGUCAGUGGCUAGUAUGAGCUCAUCAAUGUUGCCAACAAUGGGAUCAGGAUUGGGUGGUUCUGGAUCAUCAGGAGGUGGCCCAUGUCCCUAUACGACACCGACAAAUCCAUAUUCAAUGUAUCAUCAUCGUACAACAGCUGAACCGGGUAAUGCAAUGAGUUCAAGUAUCGCAACAUUACGUCUAAAGGCAAAGCAACAUUCUUCAGGUUUCUCAAGUCCAUACUCGACCCAGUCAUCAUCAAUAUCGCCAGUCUCGCGAUCGUCAAAUUCAGGUGGAUUAGCAGCAUGUCAAUACGCGAGCGUAUCCGAUUCAACAGUUUGAGAUAACGCCUUAGUGGGAACGUUGUUUCAAGCGACGUCCUCACUAAAUCAUCUGUUGAAUAGCGAACACGAUUUGAAUUUUGAUCAACGUGAUGAUGUGAAGCCUCUUAUUCAUCAUCAUGGCUCAAACGGAACGCCUUCAACAGGCAAUGUCCCCUCAACUGAUGACGAUGACGAUUGCACCUCUCGAAAUGAUGGCCGUGCAUUGAUUAAUAAUGAUAUUACU